UGAAAAGUGAAAGUUAGGAGGAUGUUUGCUUGGCAUUGGCAGCCGGAUCUCUUGUGAUUUCCUGUCGACUAGUCAAAUGGCUUUGAGCUCACUUUUGCUUGACGUUUGCGUCACGAUGGUGUGCGUACUCGGCUCGACGCGCUGCUCCGAUGGGGACCAGAACGAGUGUCCGUGCUCGGGAAUCCCGCGGUGGCCUCUGACUGAACCCCCGCCGGAAGACUGCCACCAGCUCAACAGGACUUUCCGCUACACCUGCCUCAAAGGCUACGUCAGGACGGCGGGCACGUCCAACCUCAUCAAAUGCAAACCCGGCAGUUCCCGCUGGUCCAAUCCCACCCUCAAAUGUAAACUGGACCCCAGAGGCGCCACCCACGACGCUCCCGACAGCACGGACGCAGCUGAGCCCGCGCUGGACCUGGAGAGGAAUUCCCCAACGAGAGACGCUGUCACCGGGAAUGUGGAGAAAAACACGACGUUGGAGCCCACGCAUUCAUUGAGAAAUGGAUUACAUGACAACGCUUCUCUUUUAGCAGACGGCUCCUACAUGGGUGCUGGGUUUUUAUCACCGGCAGGACCCGGCACAACCACCAUCGCGGUCGUCAGCGGCGUCUCGAUCGCCGUCGUGGCUCUCGUCGGAAUCGGCCUCCUCCUCCACAAAAUGCAUGAGCUGUGGGCCAUGACCGAAAGAACAAGAUCCCGGAUACAAGCGGCCGAAAUGAGUUUCCUCCGCAGGGUGUCCGGGCUCUCUCUUAGAGAUAGGGUGAGAAGCUCGGUCAUCCGGGAGGGCCUCAAGUGUCGAACCGCUGCUCCUCCGCAUUGAGAGGAGCCAGAUGAGGUGGCUGGGGCAUCUGGUUCGGAUGCCACCCGGACGCCUUCUUGGUGAGGUGUUCCGAGCGCGUCCCACCGGAAAGAGACCCCGAGGAUGACCCAGGACACGCUGGAGAGACUGUCUCUCGGCGAGCUUGGUAACGCCUCGGGAUCCCUCCGGAAUAAGUGGUUGGGGAAAGGGAAGUCUGGGUAUCCCUGCUGAAGCUACUUCCCCCGCGACCCGACCCGGAAAAGCGGUAGAUAAUGGAUGGAUGUGUCUAUUUUUGAAAUAAAUGGAAAAAAAAGAAUCCCACAAAGUUGCCUGUAAUUUUGUGUAAUUGAAAAUGUGAUCUCAAGAUGUGUAUCAUUUUUGAGACAUAAAGCAUAUUGCACAUUUCUCCAUAAAGCCUUAUUCAAAAUUGAUUUAAUCACCCCCCUCAGGCUAAAAAUGCAAGACAUCACAUGUAGAAUAGUAAUCCUGUCUAUUCUCUGUAUUAAUUAAAAACUCACCUAUUUGUGUUCAUUUAACCGACAUGCUCUUAUCCACAGAACAAUUCACCUAUUUUAUUUUGUGUAGUCUGGGUUGCGAGUGAAUGUCAGGAGAGUCUCCGCAGAUGUGCAUGUACACGAGCGCUUCCAGAGGACCGCAAUUUAUUUUAUUUUAUUUUUUUUUUUAUGACACUGGUGUUUUUGAUUUACUCAGCAACUUUCAAUGACCCGCGGUUCCAAUUUCUGUCUUGCCGAUUGCGAAAUGUCCCAUCGUGUCAUCGUCAC